AUGGACAAGAAGAGGUCGUCACUGAAAGGAUCGCUCCUGCUCCUGCUGCUGCUGGUGUCAGAUCUACUCCUGUGCAAGAGCGUGGCCUCCCUUCCCAUCUGUCCGAGUGGGGCUGUCAACUGCCAGGUGUCCCUCCGAGAACUGUUUGACCGCGCGGUCAUCCUGUCCCACUACAUCCACAACCUCUCCUCAGAAAUGUUCAACGAAUUCGACAAACGGUAUGCCCAGGGCCGGGGCUUCGUUACCAAGGCCAUCAACAGCUGCCACACUUCUUCCCUCUCUACCCCUGAAGACAAGGAGCAAGCCCAACAGAUCCAUCACGAAGACCUUCUGAACCUGAUCCUCCGAGUUUUGCGCUCCUGGAACGACCCUCUGUAUCACCUCGUCUCAGAAGUGCGCGGUAUGCAAGAAGCCCCGGAGGCUAUCCUGUCAAAAGCCAUAGAGAUUGAGGAGCAAAACAGACGACUUCUAGAAGGCAUGGAGAAGAUAGUCGGCCAGGUUCAACCCGGAAUCAAAGAAAAUGAGGUCUACUCUGUCUGGUCAGGACUUCCAUCCCUGCAGAUGGCUGACGAGGACAGUCGCCUUUUUGCUUUUUAUAACCUGCUCCACUGCCUACGAAGAGAUUCACAUAAGAUCGACAAUUAUCUCAAGCUCCUGAAGUGCCGAAUCGUCUACGAUAGCAACUGCUAA